UGCUCCCCCGCCCGCUCCAACAUGCCCUCAGUGCGCCUGCCGCCGCGCCCCGGGCGCUAGACUGCGCGGCCGCCAUGGGGAAUGGGAUGAACAAGAUCCUGCCUGGCCUGUAUAUCGGCAACUUCAAAGAUGCCAGAGAUGCAGAGCAAUUGAGCAAGAACAAGGUGACACACAUUCUAUGUGUGCACGACAGUGCCAGGCCAACAUUGGAGGGGGUUAAAUACCUGUGCAUUCCAGCAGCGGAUUCACCAUAUCAAAACCUGACAAGACAUUUCAAAGAAAGUAUUAAAUUCAUCCACGAGUGCGGUCUGCGAGGUGAGGGCUGCCUUGUUCACUGCCUGGCUGGCGUCUCCAGGAGCGUGACUCUGGUGGUUGCAUACAUCAUGACGGUCACCGACUUCGGCUGGGAAGAUGCCCUGCGCACUGUGCGUGCGGGGAGGUCCUGUGCAAACCCCAACCUGGGCUUCCAGAGGCAGCUCCAGGAGUUUGAGGAGCACCAGGUCCAUCAGUUCCGCCAGUGGCUGAAGGAGGAGUACGGAGAGAGCCCUUUGCGAGAUGCGGAAGAAGCCAGAGGCAUUCUGGCCACCCCAGGGAUUCUGAAGUACUGGGCCUCUCUCAGAAGACUGUAAUGUACCUGAAAUAUUGCAAAGCCAGAGUUUAGGUGUUGCCCAGAAGAAAAGCAGCCAGAGUUCAUUUUUCAGUGUCCAGAAGUAAUUUGUGAACUCGCCUGCU